AUGAUGCAGAGGCCGCGAAACCGUCAGGGGCGUCCGCCACCGCAGAACGGCAGGGCAAGAGGUCGGGGAGGAGGUGGACACCGCGGUGGUCGUCAAGAGCGGCCGGCUCUCUCUCACAACGUGCCAAGCACCCAGCAAGUCGUCGCUGGGUCCUUCGUGUCUAUCGUCUUGAAGAUCGACCAGCCGACGGGUCGGGAAGUGCAAGGGAUUGUGGCAGACGUCCUGACGAGCGGGAACCACCCACGGGGGAUCAAAGUUCGGCUGGUGGAUGGCAGGGUUGGCAGGGUGCAGAGAAUGGUGACUGAAGACGAAGCAAGAGCUGGGUCAGCGGGAUUGAGUGGCCUGGGUCGAAAUGGCGAGGUUGUCAACGGCCAGCAUAUCAUCAGUCGUCCUGCUGCUCCUCCAGGGUCACGGAUCGCUCUUCGAUAUCGUGAUGUGCGUGAAGAAAAGAGUCAAGAACCCCCUUCCAACUACAGCCUUGGGGACUUCCUUCCAUUGGGCCACCCAUUGCGAGAAAGCCCGAUAACUACAUCUUCAUUGCUUCCCGAGCCCCUUGAUGUGGAAUCUACUUCGCAGGUCUGUCCCGUGUGUGGAGAAUUCGAAGGUGAUGAGGUUGCUGUUUCUCACCACGUGGCCACCCAUUUCGACUAA